CACGCAUUCUUUAGGUAUCCUUCAUUGAUUCGUUCUCGCAUGAGGCUAUUGUUAAAGAACCUGUCUCGCUCUCUUCGGAAGAACAGUGUCGUGCUUCGCCUCCCGCCACAUAACGAUUUCCUGCCAUCAUGAGCGAAAGCGAGCUUCGUCAGCGGAAGCCGGCGGCUCGUCUGCGAGACGACCCUCAGCCUAGUCAAGAUGCUCAACCACGUCUCAAGCACGGAAUACCCAUGCAGGUGCUGCGGUCUUUGCUUCUUGCAACUUGGUUCAACUGCUGUUGCGUCGUUAUCCUUAUGACGCAGCUGAUCGGUUGCCCCCUGUACAUCAUCAACAAACACUAUUAUUACGCCUGGAUGGCGUCCACGAAACGAUCUUUUGGGCUGGUGAUAACUUCCCUUACCGAGUGGGGCUGCCCGACUUAUGUCCGGGUCAGCGGUGACGAGAGUAUACGCGGACAAGUUCGCAUCGCCGACGAUGGCCGUCUAAAGACAACCUUUCCAGAGCGCCUUGUCAUGAUAUCCAACCAUCAGGUCUACACCGACUGGAUCUAUCUUUGGUGGAUUGCUUAUUCGAACAUGAUGCAUGGCCACAUUUUCAUCAUACUCAAGGAGUCCCUAAAAUACAUACCUAUCAUUGGCCAGGGUAUGACGUUUUACGGCUUCAUCUUCAUGGCUCGUAAAUGGCUGUCUGACAAGCCCAGGCUCCAACACCGCCUAGAGAAGCUGAAGACCCAGCACAUAGGCUCUGAUUCAGGCGCCCCGAAGUAUGACCCUAUGUGGCUUUUGAUAUUUCCGGAAGGGACAAACCUCUCCAUCAACACCAAGAGGAGAAGCGAUGCAUAUGGGGCUAAGAAUGGGUUUCCGCCUCUGAAACACCAGGUUCUUCCUCGCUCGACUGGCUUGUUCUUUUGCUUACAGCAAUUGCGGGGAACCGUUGAGUGGGUAUACGAUUGCACUGUGGGUUACGAAGGUCCUCCAAAAGGCAGCUAUGCCGACAAAUAUUUCACUCUCCGCUCAACGUAUGUCCAAGGACGCCCACCGACAUCCGUCAACAUGUACUGGAGACGGUUUGCGGUUUCAGAUAUUCCCCUUGACGAUCAGCAGGAGUUUGAUGCGUGGCUUAGGGCCCGCUGGACAGAGAAGGACGAACUGCUCGAUGAAUACUUUGAGACCGGGCGAUUCCCAUCCGCGUUGGCCGGUAGUAUUGAAGUCGGUCAUGGUGAUGCACAGCAGUUGAAUGCAGCCGAAGACGGAUACGCCGAGGCGCAUGUUCGAUUGGGACAUUGGACCGAGUCUUUCGGCGGGUUCUACUAUGAAUAAUGUCCCCUCCUAUCCUUAUGAUUGAUGACCUAUUAUUUACCGACUCUAGAGGUUUAUGAUGGAAUGCUUCUCUACUUGAACAA